UCCUUAUGCUUAUCAUUUCACAUGGUGGGUAACAUGAACAUCACAUCCAAAAUGGCUAAGUUAACAUAGCAUCUUCUGUUGCAAAAAUCAAAUCUCACAAAUGGGUCACAACUUAAUUUGUUAAGAAAACCCAUUCAUUCCCUCCAUCAUGUUCCCCGCCAUUUCUCUUCCAACCAACAUAACUGUCAAAACCACCAUAACCGCCACCGCCACAAACAGUCACCACAACCACAAACCACCACCUCUCAACCCAACCUUGAAAUCUCUCUGCAAAUCAGGCAAAUUGGAAGAAGCUCUUCGCUUGAUCGAAUCAUCAACCCCCACACCUUACCAAGAUGAAGAUAUCUCCCAGCUCCUCCAUCUCUGCAUCUCCAGAAAAUCCUUGGAACAUGGCCAGAAGCUCCACCACCACCUGCUUCACUCUAAAGGAAGAGUCAUUGAGAACCCCACCUUGAAAAGCAAGCUCAUCACGCUCUACUCCGUUUGCGGCAGACUCGACGAGGCUCGCCGUGUUUUCCAAGACGAGGAGAAGGAUCCUCCAGAAUCGGUGUGGGUAGCUAUGGCUAUUGGGUACUCGAGAAACGGGUUAUCCAAGGAAGCAUUGCUUCUUUACCGCGACAUGUUGUCGCGGUCCGUGGAGCCAGGGAAUUUCGCGUUUUCCGUGGCCCUCAAGGCGUGUACUGAUGUGGGUGAUUCGCGGGUCGGGAGAGCAAUCCAUGCUCAACUCGCGAAGCGCGAUGAAGAGGCUGAUCAAGUGGUGAACAAUGCGCUUUUGAGAUUCUAUGUGGAGUGUGGUUGCUCUGGUGAUGUCCUUAGGGUGUUUGAGGUAAUGCCUCAACGAAAUGUGGUGUCGUGGAACACUUUAAUUGCGGGUUUUUCUGGUCAAGGUAAAGUGUUUGAGACACUUGAUGCUUUUAGAGCUAUGCAGCUGAAAGAGGGAAUGGGGUUCAGUUGGAUUACCCUUACAACUGUGUUGCCGAUAUGUGCUCAACUUACUGCACUUCAUAGUGGUAAGGAGAUUCAUGGGCAGAUUGUGAAGUCCGGGAAGAAAGCUGAUAGGCCUUUACUUAAUGCACUGAUGGACAUGUAUGCCAAAUGUGGAUCAAUUGGUUAUUGUAAAAAAGUGUUUGAUGGAAUGGAGAGCAAGGAUUUGACAUCAUGGAAUACAAUGUUGGCUGGAUAUUCAAUCAAUGGGCAAAUAGAAAAAGCUAUAGAUUUGUUUGAUGAGAUGAUAAGGUCUAACAUUAGACCAGAUGGUAUUACCUUUGUUUCCUUGCUGUCAGGUUGUAGCCAUUCAGGACUUACCAGUGAGGGGCAAAAAUUCUUCAAUUUGAUGCAGGAUUAUGGGGUGCAACCAUCUUUAGAGCAUUAUGCUUGUUUGGUUGACAUAUUAGGCAGAUCAGGGAAACUUGAUGAGGCAUUAACUGUGGCAAGAAACAUGCCAAUGAAACUCAGUGGAAGCAUUUGGGGAUCAUUGCUUAACUCAUGCCGGCUUGAUGGUAAUGUUUCUCUAGCGGAAACAGCUGCGGAGCGGUUGUUUGAGAUUGAACCUAACAAUGCAGGAAAUUACGUGAUGCUUUCAAACAUAUAUGCUGAUGCAGGAAUGUGGGAAGGUGUGAAGAGAGUUAGAGAAAUGAUGGCUAUAAGGGGGAUAAAGAAAGAUGCUGGAUGCAGUUGGAUACAAAUAAAGCAGAGGAUCCAUACAUUUGUUGCCGGAGGGAGCUCUGAUUUUCGUAGUUCUGCUGAGUAUUUAAAAAUCUGGAACGCGUUGUCAAAUGCAAUUAAGGACUCAGGAUAUAUCCCAAACACUGAUGUUGUUCUUCAUGAUAUAAAUGAGGAGAUGAAGGUAAUGUGGGUUUGUGGGCACAGUGAAAGACUUGCAGCAGUUUUUGCACUGAUUCACACUGGUGCCGGAAUGCCAAUUAGGAUUACAAAGAAUCUCCGGGUUUGUGUUGAUUGUCACUCCUGGAUGAAGGCUGUUUCAAGAGUUACAAGGAGACUAAUUGUAUUAAGAGAUACAAACAGGUUCCACCAUUUUGAAAAUGGUACUUGUUCCUGUAUGGACCACUGGUGAUCACCAUCACCAUACUGUAUUUCACUAAUCAAUGUCAUCAACUAUUUAUAUA